CCUGAGUUCAAGCGAUUCUCCUGCCUCAGCCUCCGAGUAACUGGGACUACAGUCAUAGUCAUCGUCAUACUGACCGGCUGAAUCCUGAGGAGAGCCCUUGGAGGUGCUACUGGUCUGUUUACUCACCUGCAGCCUCCAUUCCGCUGCCAGCUCUGAGGGCCGUGUCUUCCUGGUCUUGCUCUACUGCCCCUACAGCCCUGCCUGAGGAACUGUGACUGCACUGACCAGGCCUGCAGCUCCCAGUGGUCCUGAGGCCUCAAGGCAGGAAGGAGGCCUUGGAGAGCCUGUUGGAGCAGGGAGGGAACGUGGAAAGGCUGGGGUGGGAGGGAGAUAGCAGAGGGCCUGAGGUCUGCAGGGCCACCUCCCAGCCCUGGAUCCCUUCCCACAGCCCAUCUGCAGCCUCAGUUUCCUGGGAAGCUCCCUCCUCCCUUCCAAAGCCACAGCUGUGGGACAGAAAGCCAGGGUCAGGGGCCACGUGCAGCUUUCUGCCUCCCCGAGCCUUUGGGGCAGGAGUUUCACCACAGUCCCUGGUGGCCAGGUGGGGGUUCCUCCAGGUGGGCCCCCUUUGCCCUUAGAGGCUCCCACUUGCCACCUCCUCCAUAAAAGGCCUGGGCCCUGCUCUGGUGGUGAGGGAGUAAGGGGUGUGUCUGUGGCAUCUCAUGGCAGGAGGCUCAGCCACUACCUGGGGUUACCGUGUGGCCCUACUGCUGCUGGUCGCCACCCUGGGGCUGGGUAGGCGGCUCCAGCCUGACCCUGGCCUCCCAGGCCUCCGGCACAGCUACGACUGUGGGAUCAAGGGAAUGCAGCUGCUGGUGUUCCCCAGGCCAGGCCAGACUCUCCGCUUCAAGGUGGUGGAUGAAUUUGGGAACCGAUUUGAUGUCAACAACUGCUCCAUCUGCUACCACUGGGUCACCUCCAGGCCGCAGGAGCCUGCAGUCUUCUCGGCUGAUUACAGAGGCUGCCACGUGCUGGAGAAGGAUGGGCGUUUCCACCUGAGCGUGUUCAUGGAGGCUGUGCUGCCCAAUGGUCGUGUGGAUGUGGCACAAGACACUACCCUGAUCUGUCCCAAACCUGACCACUCCUGGACUCCGGACUCCCAGCUGGCACCACCCACCAUGUUCUCUGUCUCGACUCCACAAACCCUUCCCUCCCUCCCCACCUCUGGCCACACCUCACCAGGCUCUGGCCAUGCCUUUCCCAGCCCACUGGACCCAGGGCACAGCUCUGUCCACCCAACCCCUGCUUUACCAUCCCCUGGACCUGGACCUGCCCUCGCCACCCUGGCUCAACCCCACUGGGGCCCCUUGGAACACUGGGAUGUGAACAAACCAGAUUACAUAGGUACCCACCUGAGCCAGGAGCAGUGCCAAGUGGCCUCGGGGCACCUCCCCUGCAUCGUGAGAAGAACUUCAAAGGAAGCCUGUCAGCAGGCUGGCUGCUGCUAUGACAACACCAGAGAGGUUCCCUGUUACUAUGGCAACACAGCUACUCUCCAGUGCUUCAGCGAUGGCUACGUCAUCCUUGUGGUGUCCCAAGAAAUGGCCUUGACACACAGGAUCACACUGGCCAACGUCCACCUGGCCUACGCCCCCACCGGCUGCUCCCCAACACAGCACACGGAAGCUUUCGUGGUCUUCUACUUCCCUCUCACCCACUGUGGAACCACAGUGCAGGUGGCUGGCGACCAGCUCAUCUAUGAGAACUGGCUGGUGUCUGGCAUCCACGUCCGAAAGGGGCCACAGGGUUCCAUCACACGGGACAGCACCUUCCAGCUUCAUGUGCGCUGCGUCUUCAACGCCAGUGACUUCCUGCCCAUUCGGGCGUCCAUUUUCCCACCCCCGUCGCCUGCCCCUGUGACCCAGCCCGGCCCCCUGCGACUUGAACUGCGGAUCGCCAAGGACAAGACCUUCAGCGCCUACUACGGGGAGGACGACUAUCCCAUCGUGAGGCUGCUCCGAGAACCAGUCCAUGUGGAGGUCCGGCUUCUGCAGAGGACAGACCCCAACCUGGUCCUGCUGCUGCACCAGUGCUGGGGCGCUCCCAGUGCCAACCCCUUCCAGCAGCCCCAGUGGCCCAUUCUGUCAGACGGAUGCCCUUUCGAGGGCGACAGCUACAGAACCCAAAUGGUAGCCUUGGAUGGGGCCACACCUUUCCAGUCUCACUACCAGAGAUUCACUGUUGCCACCUUCGCCCUCCUGGACUCGGGCUCCCAGAGAGCCCUCAGAGGACCGGUUUACUUGUUCUGCAGCGCCUCUGCCUGCCACACCUCAGGGCUGGAGACUUGCUCCAGUGCGUGCAGCGCUGGGACUGCAAGACAGCGACGAUCCUCAGGUCCCCGUAAUGACACUGCCAGGCCCCAGGACAUCGUGAGCUCUCCGGGGCCAGUGGGCUUUGAGGAUUCUGAUGGGCAGGAGCCCACACUUGGGCCCACAGACUCCAAUGGGAACUCCAGCCUGAGGCCUCUCCUUUGGAUGGUCCUUUUGCUGCCAGCUGUUGCCCUGGUCCUUGGGUUUGGUGUCUUUGUGGGCCUGAGCCAGACCUGGGUCAAGCAGCUCUGGGAAACAGUGAAUGGGUUCAAUAAACGAUCAUUUCAAACCUACUGAAA